CCCCGGACAGGAGCCGCCGCCGCCGCCGCCUGUAGCCCGUCACCAUGGACCCCCCUUCCCUGGACACAGCCAUCCAGCACGCCCUGGCGGGCCUCUAUCCCCCUUUUGAGGCCACGGCACCAACCGUCCUAGGUCAAGUGUUCCGUCUUCUGGAGUCUGACUUCCAAGGAGAUGGACUGAGUUUCCUCCUGGAUUUCCUGAUCCCUGCCAAGCGCCUGUGUGAGCAAGUGCGCGAAGCAGCCUGUGCCCCCUACUCACACCGCCUCUUCCUGCACGAGGGCUGGCCGCUGUGCCUGCGGGAUGCGGUCGUGGUCCACCUGGCACCCCUCAGUCCCCUCUUACUGCGCCAGGGCGACUUCUACCUCCGAGCCGAGCCCCGGGAGGAGCAGUCCGCCUGCAUCACCGUCAAGUGCCUCUCCUCGGACCUCCGCACAGUGGACACAAAGCCUGUUCCCGUGUCGUCCUACCCUCUUCUCUUCACCCAGGCGUGGCUGGAGGCCAUCAACAGUGACUUCGAGGGCAGUCCCCUACGCAACUGUCUGGUGGCUUCAGAGGAUGGGAUUGUCCCUGUGCCCUGGACCAAGAUAGCCAGUCCAAAGUUUGUGGAUGACAGACCCCAAGCAGUGACUGUCCUCUCCCAGGCCUGGGGGUCCCUCCAAUUAGAGGCAUUGGAUUUGAGCAGCUCUCAAGGGCCACACCAGGCCAGGUCCCCAGGCAGCCAGGCGCUGCUUGCCCGGAGCUUGGCCAAGGGUAAGGACGGGACAUAUGAGAACAAGUACCCGGGACUCAUCAAGGUGGAGCAAGCCAGGCCUGGGGAGGUGGCCUUCAGGAUGGACGAUGCGGCCAGCCAGGACGUGGAGGGAGACUAUGUGGCCCUCCUGGACUUUUCCCCAGAGAGCAGAGCAGGGUCUCCCAGUAGGGAGGUGGAGGCAUCCCCUGGGUGUCCUUUCGGGGCCCUGGAGGAAGCGUCUGGAAGUAAGGAAAUCCCUGUCUCUCAAAGACUGCUGCUGCUCUCAGGGGCCAGUGGGGGACCUUCUUUGGAAAGAUGGGCUCGCGCGAAGCCAGCAAGCUCGGAGGAGGAGCCGCGCGUUUUGGGCUUGAGGAGAAAGGUCAACCAUAAAGCCCUCACCCACCACUCAGAACGCCAGUCCCAAGAGCCCUAUCUCAACGUCCUUUGGGACCCACUGCACUCUGGCCUCGGGACAGAUGUCUCAGAAGAGCCAGCUGUCUCCAAGAUGCAGGGACCUCUAGGAAACCCAGAGAAUGUGGUCCAGCUCAGGCCUGGACCAAAACAAGCAUCCUCUCCCCGGCUGAGCCCCGCUUCUCCUCCUGCUGCUUCAGCCCCUGAAACCAAGAUGGAACAGGGGGCCAAACAGGGAAACGGGAGACUUCUCAAGCCCGUGACCAGCCCCAGUCGAAACACCUCCUCUUCCCGAUCCCCCAGUCCUGGGCUCAAAUUCUCAUUCUUGAAGGGGCAGAGGCAAGCCCCCGUGCUCCCGGAGAAAGCCUCGCCCCAGCAUGAUGGGGCUUGGAAGGUCUUGUGUUCGCUCUACUCACCCAAACCCAACAGAGCCAAGGGCUCGGGGAAAGCUGGAACAACUCAGACCGAAGCAUCUGGCUCAGCUGCUGACUCGGCCUCACUGACCAGGGAGAAGUCUGCCUUCUCAGAAGCUUCUGCAGGCCCUCCAGAAAGAGGCCCCCCACUGGAUGCAGAGCCUGAGCCCGGGAUUGGGGCUCUGAAUGUGGAGAUCUUCCGUUCCGGGAUAGUGUGCCUGCCAGGCGGUCGGGACAGGGCGGGGCGGCCCUUGCUUCUGAUGUCAACCACUGAGGGGACCUGGGAGGCACCAUGGUGCACAGCCUCAGAGGUCACCAAACUGCUCUCCUAUCUGUGCACUGUCCCCAGGCCUGAAGAGAAAGCCAAGGGGCUGGUGGUCGUGAUUGACGCCAGGAAACAGCCCCCGCAUCCUGGUCUGGUCAGUGCCCUGCAGGCCACCCAGGGUCUGGUCCCAGCCUCCAUCCGGGCCCUGCUCUUCCUCGGGGAGAAGGAGGCGGCUCUCCAGCUGGAGACGUUACCUGACAUCCAGGUGGAGGUGCUGACCUCCCUGAAGGCCCUCAGCCACCACGUGGACCCCAGCCAGCUGCCCACAGCCCUGGAAGGCCCCCUCCCCUACUGCCACAGCGAGUGGGUGCAGUUCUUCCAGAAGUUGGACCCUUUCCUGACUGGCCUCCGCCAGGCCUCCUCCCUGCUGCAGGCCUCCAUCAAGGAGUUUGAGAAGGGCGACCCCCCUGGAGGGGUGCAGGAGGCCUCCAGGUGUCUGAGCAAGUCCAAGGAGCUGAUGGAGGCUGUGCUGAGGGAUCCAGGCCUGCUGGGCCUCCAGCGGGAAGGCGGAGCCACCCUGGCCAGACUGCAGCAGGAGGCCAGCAGGCUGGACUUCAACCCUGACGUCAGGAACCAUCUGGCUGAAGCCGCCGCUCUGUACAGCCUCAUGGACGAGCAGCUGCAUGUCCUGGUCACUGCGUCCAACCACCUCCUGGGGAGGCUGGAGCUCCGCGUCCGCCUGGGCCACCUGGAAGCUGCCAUCCGCCAGGUCAGCCACUGGAUGGAGCAGGAAGGAGGCCGGUGCCUGCGUGCGCUGACCCCCCAGGACGGAAGCUUGGAGAUGGUGGAGAAAGCCCACGCCGAGUUUGAGGACUUCUUCCUGCAGGCUGCAGCCCAGUACCGCCGCGGCCUGGAGCUGUCCAAGCAGGCGGCCCAGCUGGGAGCUGCCGCUGGAGGGGCGGGAGAGGCAGCGGGACCAGAGUUCCCGGAGCUGACAGCCUUCGCCGCCACCCAGCGGGCCUUCCAGGCCAAGCUGACCCACUUCUACAUGGCGGCCGAGCGGCAGCGCACAGACCUGGAGACGCUGCUGCACCUGCGCCGCUUCUGCAGGAAGAUGACCUGGUUCCACAUGGACUGUCAGGACCUGAUGACCCAGCUCAGGCUGGGCAAGGCUCAGAGGGCCAGCCCUGGGGACCAGCGCCGCCUCCGCCGCUACCUGCAGCGACUGGCGUCCGAGUUCCCUGCUGAGAAGCUCACGGCCAUGGGGCUGCAGGUGGCCUCCCUGAGCCAGGAAGGCCUGGGCCGGGACCUGUGGGAGGAGGCCUGGGCGAGACUCGAGAUCCAGACCCUCCUGAAGAAGGCAUUGGCCCACUGUCCGUGCCCAGCAGGUCCCACUGCCCACUUGGAACUGAGAGGGACAGCUGCCCAGGGCCAGGGUCUGAAUGCAGAAGUCACUUCCAAGGGAAGGUGGGACCUGCCCCUCCAGGACUCACUGGGCCUGGACGGUUCACCAAAAUCCCAUUGGCGUCCUUGGGCCCCCAGAGGGGGGCGGAACAGAAAUUUCCAGGUGGGCCCUCUGCCCAGGGAAGCCGGCCAGGCUGUAGAGGCUGAUGAAGGCGAAGGCCCCCACGAGCCCCUGGAUCCUGCCCCUGAGGGAUCUCUUGCCGCCCUCUUGUCCUGGCAGCAGCUCCCCAGGCAGAAUCAGACCCCCCGCCCCACUGGGGGCAGCUUCUCCUCAGAGGGGACAGACUCGCAGACGUCUCUGGAGGACUCACCACAGACAAGUCCCCCUGCCUCCCUCUAGCUGGGAGCCCCACCACUGCACCAGG